AUGGUGGCGAAAUUAAGCGUGCAAGAAGUAAUACACGACAUUUUCGAAGAUUAUGACAGUCAAAACAUGCCCAAAAAUCACGAAACUAACUCGGAAGAAUAUGGAAAAGAAGAACAAUGUUUAGUAGAGCCUGGAAUAUCUCGCUUGCUGUAUGGAAGAAGCAUAAAUGCCGGUGUGGUGUACAAUCAGGAAUCGCUAUUAUGGCUUGAAGCGAUUUUUAGACGAUUGCCUAGUCGUAGGUUAUUCGAAGGCCUCAUUACUCUGAGAUUAGACGUCAUAUACCCGUGGAAAUGUUUAUUGUCUUCACCCGAGCGCCGGAAAAGGCUCAAAGUCCUAUGUUUAGUGAACCAAGGUGUUAUGUAG